AUGGUUGUUGACAAACUGCACAGACGUGUCAAGAAUCGCAUUACUCAAUUUUUUGGCAAGCAAAUGCGCCUUUACGGUCUUAUCUCGUGUAGCUUAUUGAUCCCCGUUCUUGCAGCACGAAACGGCGCGAGACUACGUGCAAAUUUAGCGAAAAGUGGCUUGGGGACUCGAGUCAUGGAGGCCAACAGUCUGCAGGCUGGAACAUCUGUCAGAUUUUUGAAAGGAAUGAAAAAACGUGCUGGGACAUCUUUCAGAUUUUUGAAAGGCAAAAAAAAGUCGGACGAUGAUGAUUCAGAUGACGAUGAUGACGAUAACGACGAUGAUGACAACGAUGAUGACAACGAUGAUGACGAUUCCUGCUAA